AUGAAGGAAAGUGUUAUGAAGGCAGUGAGAGAAGAAACCAAAAGGAUAGAUGCUAGGGCAAAGGAAACGUCAACUACUUCCCACUUUGAGCCCAACUUGCUCGAUAAAAGCUCCAAUUACUCCAUUACUCCAAUUCCUUAUGCCUCAAGAGCAAAGCCCAAAAAAUCCAAUGGUGAUAAAGCAGCUGCUCUACUGUGA